AAUCUCCUUAAUUACAGAUGAUACCGUAUUUCUAUCAAGAAAUUAGAAACGUUAGAAACGCUUCAGUGGUUGGCGUCACACAUCUCGAAGACCGCCCAGCAACCAUGCCACGCGAGGAUACCAAGCGACGUACGCGUCUUGUGGACGAAGAUGAUGGAGACACAGUGGAGUUCACGACGUCCAAGGACAUCACCGUCUUCCCCACAUUCGAAGCCAUGGGGCUCAAGGAAGACCUUCUCCGAGGAAUCUACUCAUACGGCUUCGAGAAGCCUUCAGCCAUCCAGCAACGCGCCAUUAAACCAGCAAUUCAGGGCCGCGAUCUGAUCGCUCAGUCUCAGUCAGGAACAGGCAAAACUGCGGUCUUCUCCAUCUCCAUCCUCCAAUCUCUGGACACAUCGAGCAACGAAACGCAAGCUCUGGUGAUCUCCCCCACUCGCGAGUUGGCUGAGCAGACUCAGAAGGUCGUUUUGGCCUUGGGAGACUUCAUGAACGUGCAAUGUCACGCCUGUAUUGGCGGUAAGAGCGUGGGCGAGGACAUCCGUCGUCUCGACUUUGGUGUACAGGUUGUGUCCGGUACACCCGGUCGAAUCUUCGACAUGAUCCGUCGGCGCAACUUGCGCACGCGUAACAUCAAGAUGCUGGUGAUUGACGAGGCCGACGAGAUGCUGAACAAAGGCUUCAAGGAGCAGAUCUACGAUAUAUACCGGUAUUUACCGCCGUCUACCCAGGUAUUACUGGUAUCAGCCACUAUGCCUCAAGAAGUGCUGGACUUAACGCGUAAGUUCAUGAACGAACCGGUUAAAGUACUGGUAAAGCGCGACGAGUUGACGCUGGAAGGCAUCAAGCAGUUCUUUGUGGCUGUGGAGAAGGAGGAGUGGAAGUUCGACACUCUGUGCGACUUGUACGACACUCUGACCAUCACUCAGGCUGUGAUUUUCUGCAAUACGAAGCGGAAAGUGGACUGGCUGACGUCCAAGAUGCGUGAGGCCAACUUUACCGUCUCCGCUAUGCACGGAGAUAUGCCCCAGAAGGAGCGAGACGCCAUCAUGCAGGAGUUCCGCUCCGGUGGCUCCCGUGUCCUCAUUACCACAGACGUUUGGGGUCGCGGUCUGGACGUGCAGCAAGUGUCGCUGGUUAUCUGCUAUGACCUGCCUAACAACCGCGAGCUGUACAUCCACCGUAUCGGUCGUUCCGGUCGCUUUGGCCGUAAGGGAGUCGCUAUCAACUUCGUCAAGGACGACGACAUCCGUAUCCUGCGUGACAUUGAACAGUACUAUAGCACGCAGAUCGACGAGAUGCCCAUGAACGUGGCAGAUCUCAUCUAACUUGCUUUGGUUUAACAAAGAAGCACUAGCUUACAGUUCGUCGCGGUUAAGAGCUUCUUCGCGUUGUUCGAGGAGUGUAAGGCGUUCGUCCAGAAUGGCUGAGAUAGCGGCACGGAGCGCAGCUGUACUCUCCGGUGUGAGUAGCUGACGAAGCUGCUUGGUAGGCAUCUUCUGGAGUUCGUCGAGUGUUAAGGUCUUUGUGACCUUCCCAGGUUGAUUAGUGCUGCUACUUGCCUCGUUUUCUUGUUCUUCACGUUCCCACUUGUCGAACAACUCGCGGCGACGUUGACGUCUUUGUUCAACCAUUUCUAUCCAGAAAUUCUCAAUAGCGUCUUCGUCCAUUUCCGGAAAUUCAUCAAUAGCAAUACUGCGGGUAGCGUUGAAUUUGCCGCUAGCGCGUUCCUCUAUGCGAGGCUUGCUCUCCAAUACCAUCAUCUCGAAGUCCUCCACUUCUUGUU